GAAGACGUCCAUGUUAUUUUUUUUGAAUUAGAAUCAAUUAUUCUAAAUACAUUUCUAAGAUUUCGACGCGUCAAAUUCUCGCUCACUGAUUUUAGGAUUACUCGUAUACAUUCCACAGUAAAAUUGUUUGUACAUUCCUAUCAAAUCUGUGAUUAAGCCAUUAGCUGUUGGUAUAUAAUAUUCAUCUAUUUAUUUAUACUGAAUUUUAGUCCAUUAGCGAAAAAAAAGAAAGAUAUUUAUUGUAACAAACAUUCAACUUUGAAAGUUUAUCUUGCUUUGUGUACACAUGUUCGUCAGACCGCCAACAGUUCGAACAACCAGAAAUCCCCGUAGACGACCCCCACAUAUACUUGCUUUGAGUGAAGCGAAUCGUCCACUGUUACGACAAGUGAUCAGAAGUCGUCGAUCGAAUCCAGUCCGCGAAGCAUAUGUAUUAGAAAUUAGAGAAGGUCCUGUGGUUAACAACAACACAAAUGCAGCUACUACAAGGAUGAUACCCCAGCCAUGGGUUACUGUACGCGACUAUUUUAAAGGAAAUGACUUUGUUAGUCUUCCUGUUUCUAUUUGUAACACAUUAUUGAAACACCUUAUGACAUGUGCUAUGGUUGAUGAUGACCACCGAGUAGAAAGCUCUGAAGAUAGCGAAACUGAGUGUACUUCUUCACCUUCCCCCAAAGUUGGAGAAGAGGCAAGUUUAACUGAAACAUCCGGUGAAACAGCAUCACAAAUUGAAAGGGGAGCAUCUGAAGGUACGAAAGUCAUCAAGAAAGUGUCUUCAGGAGUCAAACCCCACAUCUUCCAGCUUAGUUUAUUAAAACCUAUAAGAAUAGUGUGUGAAGCAACAGGAUGUACACUGGAGGUUACGGCACGUAAUCCUUUGCCAAAACACACAUCCGCUAGUUCGGAAGAACCAACACAAACAGUCCAAGCUGACCCUGAUAAGCGAUGGCUUAUUUCAGCUCCACUAGAAGUUCGUAAAAAUAUUUCUUCAAGUGGUGAGCAAACCUUGGAUAGCAGUGGUAUUGGUAGUACCACUAAUGGAAGUGGUCGACGUCAGUACUCCUGGGAAACGCGUGGCACUUUGGAAUUACAUGCGAGUCUGAUGCCCCAGCUAUUAACAUUUCUUGCCGAUGUUGUGACACGUUAUCGAGCGAUUGAUUUAAUUCCGAAGGUUCAAUCACUAUACAGUAUAUCGGGUGAAAGGAGGUUUUUGUUUAAUUUAAAAGAUACUCGAUGGGGAAAACGAAUUCACAUUUCUCAAGUUACAGACCUACAUCGUAAUGUUAUCGGCAUUCCGUUAGAGGAUUUGGUUAGUUUUCGCUCAAGGUUAGAUAUGGUGAUAAAAAGUUUAGGAUUGGAAGAUCAAUAUGCCAUACGCUUAUCUAUCCACAGAAACAAUGAAAAUAGAUCAACACAUAAGGGAAAACAUGCACCAGUUUCAUCUCAAGAUACUUCCAAUGUGCCAGGUGAAUCAGUAGGUGGAGUAAAUGAUACAGAAAUAGACGAGGAGAACAAUCGAAUUGACACUAGCAAUGCACAAAAUCGUAAUCAUGAACGUGAAAUUCGUCCUUCACGUACAGGGGUAUUCGCACUAAACAAUAAGGAAAGCAGAAACGUAGGGAUAUAUGAUAGUGAAUCUGGACAUCGUCGUAACCGUAGUAACAGAUUCGGAAGACGUAGUACUUGGACUAAUGGAGGACGUGGAAACCCAGUGAAACGAAGAGAUAAGAAUCAAUUAUCUUCUAAUCAAGAUUUAAAAACAUCUGAUGAAAUUAAACAUAAUGAAGUAAACACAAAUUCUAACCUUCAGAAUUCACUCGAACCUGCUGUUGAACCGACUCGAAUAACGCCUGCAGCUGAGGCCAGUGCAUAAGUACAAUAUUUUGACUACAUAGUUAUAAUGAGUAUUCUGAAUAUGUUUAGACUUAUCAGACUACAUGCUAUUUGUUUCCUCUGUGCAUUAGACUAUUCUAUAAUUAUUGUUUUACGUUUGUAUUAUCUUAAAAAGAAAAAAGAGAUGAACUCAAUUAUUUGUUUUUAAACUUUGAAGUAUUUCAAGUUGUAUAAUUGAACCUCUGAAAGAAUAUGUUUUUUUCAUUUUUUUUGGAGUUAAACUCAUAUAUUGAGGGUUAAUAAAACCAAUCAAAUUGUUCAUUCAUUAAAAAUAUAUAUAUAUAUAUUCUCCCCGUGUUUCAUAAAUUUGCCUGUUUUCGAGAGGAAAAAAAGAAACAUAAUUCUAUUUAACUAAGAAUUUUUUUUACUA